AUGGCGACGUUUCGGCGAUUUCGACCUGAUGAUGUGAACAAGUUUUCCAAGUGUAAUCUCGACCCUUUCACGGAAACUUACGAGCUAAACUUCUACCUCCAAUACCAUGCAAAAUGGCCAUCUCUCUUUCAAGUUUGUGAGGAUAUGGAUGGAAACAUUGUUGGAUAUAUCAUGGGCAAGGUCGAGUCUUCUCCAGACGCCUACAAAUUCUCCGAGCAUUACCUACCAUGGCACGCUCACAUAACGGCACUCACCGUUGCCCCGGAAGCUAGAAGAUCUGGCAUUGCAAAGAUCUUGACUGAUCAGCUGGAAGUUGCAGCUGAUGCUGAGAACGCCUGGUUCGUGGACUUGUUCGUUCGAAGCAGCAACCACAGGGCCAUUGCCCUUUACAGGAAUCUGGGUUACAGCGUCUUCCGCGUGGUGAAGGACUACUACGGUGACCACGCAACGGACCCUUCCAGGGCGAGCGAGGACGCAUUCGACAUGCGCAAGCCCAUGAAGCGAGACAAGGAUCGUCAGCACAUUCGAGAUGAUGGAGAAACUCAUAUGGUUGAUCCCGAGGAUGUUUGGUAA